AUGUCCAGCUACGCCGAUAAGAUCAAGGAGAUUGAGGCCGAGAUGGCCCGCACACAGAAGAACAAGGCCACGGCGUACCAUCUCGGCACGCUGAAGGCCAAGCUCGCCAAGCUGAAGCGCGAGCUGCUGACGACGCCCAAGGGCGGCGGCGGUGGCGGCGAGGGCUUCGAUGUUGCGGGCACGGGAGUGGCGCGCGUGGGCUUCGUCGGGUUCCCGUCAGUGGGCAAGUCGACAUUGAUGAGCAAGAUGACCGGGACGUUCUCCGAGGUGAGCGAGGUAGAGUUCACGACGCUGACGACAGUGCCGGGCGUGCUAGCAGUGGCGCGGACGUGCUCGCUGAUUUUCCUGGUGCUGGAUGUGCUGAAGCCGCUGACGCACAAGGCGGUGAUUGAGCGUGAGCUGGAGGGAUUCGGGAUCCGGCUGAACAAGGAGCCGCCAAACAUUGUGUUCCGCAAGAAGGACAAGGGCGGGAUUAACAUGACCAACACGGUGCCGCUGACGCACCUGGACCAGGACAUCGUGCGGUCGAUUCUGUCCGAGUACCGGAUUGCCAGCGCCGAUGUGGCGUUCCGCUGCGACGCUACGGCCGACGACCUGAUUGAUGUGAUCGAGGGCAACCGCGUGUACAUUCCGGCGGUCUAUGUGCUGAACAAGAUUGACCAGAUCUCGAUCGAGGAGCUCGAUCUUAUUUACAAGAUCCCGCAUGCGGUGCCGGUCUCGGCCCACCAUGAGUGGAACUUUGACGAGCUGCUGGAUAAGAUGUGGGCGUACCUGAAUCUGCUGCCAGACUACUCGGCGCCCGUGGUGCUGAAGCGCGACAGGUCGUCGGUGCUGGAUUUCUGUAACUCGAUCCACAAGGGCAUUCUCAAGGAUUUCUCGUACGCCAAUGUGUGGGGGACCUCGGUCAAGCACAAUCCGCAAAAGGUCGGGCGCGACCAUGUGCUGCUGGACGAGGAUGUGGUGUCGAUUGUGAAGAAGAAGUAGGAUGAUGCAUUAAAAGCCAUUAAAAAAAUCAAUAACCAUUUCCAUAACACUGCAC